AUGUCUACCAAAUCCACCAUCAGGAGUCAAACCAGCCACCGAGGCUUCAGUGCCGGCUCAGCCAGACUCCCUGGGCUCAACCGCUCUGGCUUCAGCAGUGUGUCUGUGUGCCGCUCCCGAGGCAGUGGUGGCUCUGGGGCCAUGUGUGGAGGAGCUGGCUUUGGCAGCAGGAGCCUCUAUGGGGUGGGGAGUUCCAAGAGGAUCUCCAUCGGAGGGGGCAGCUGUGGCAUUGGAGGAGGCUAUGGUAGCCGAGUUGGAGGAGGCUUCGGCUUUGGAGGAGGAGUCGGCAGUGGCUUCGGCUUCGGUGGUGGAGCUGGCUUUGGUGGUGGCUAUGGGGGAGCUGGAUUCCCCGUGUGUCCCCCUGGAGGUAUCCAAGAGGUCACCAUCAACCAGAGCCUCCUCACCCCUCUGAACCUGCAAAUCGACCCCACCAUCCAGAGGGUGAGGACUGAGGAGCGUGAGCAGAUCAAGACCCUCAACAACAAGUUUGCCUCCUUCAUCGACAAGGUGAGGUUCCUAGAGCAACAGAACAAGGUCCUGGACACCAAGUGGACCCUGCUGCAGGAGCAGGGCACCAAGACUGUGAGGCAGAACCUGGAGCCAUUGUUUGAACAGUACAUCAGCAACCUCAGGAGGCAGCUGGACAACAUCAUUGGGGAGAGGGGCCGCCUGGACUCAGAGCUGAGGAGCAUGCAGGAUACAGUGGAGGACUACAAGAACAAAUAUGAAGAUGAAAUCAACAAGCGCACAGCAGCAGAGAAUGAAUUUGUGACCCUGAAGAAGGAUGUAGAUGCUGCCUACAUGAAUAAGGUUGAACUGCAAGCCAAGACAGACAGCCUGACAGAUGAGAUCAACUUCCUGAGAGCUCUCUAUGAUGCAGAACUGUCUCAGAUGCAAACUCACAUCUCAGACACCUCUGUGGUCCUCUCCAUGGACAAUAACCGUAGUCUGGACCUGGACAGCAUCAUUGCUGAGGUCAAGGCCCAAUAUGAGGAGAUUGCUCAGAGGAGCCGGGCAGAGGCUGAGUCUUGGUACCAGACAAAAUAUGAGGAGCUGCAGGUGACAGCUGGCAGACACGGGGAUGACCUGCGCAACACCAAGCAGGAGAUCGCUGAGAUCAACCGCAUGAUCCAGAGGCUGAGAUCUGAAAUCGACCACGUCAAGAAGCAGUGUGCCAACCUGCAGGCUGCCAUUGCUGAGGCUGAACAGCGAGGGGAGAUGGCCCUCAAGGAUGCCAGGGGUAAGCUGGAGGGGCUGGAGGAUGCCCUGCAGAAGGCCAAACAGGACAUGGCCAGGCUGUUGAAGGAGUACCAGGAGCUCAUGAAUGUCAAGCUGGCCCUUGAUGUGGAGAUCGCCACCUACAGGAAGCUUCUGGAAGGAGAGGAGUGCAGGCUGAAUGGUGAAGGCGUUGGACCAGUCAACAUCUGUAAGUACUCUGCUGGCCACCUCCCCUUGCCCUGCCUUGUGCCUGGCUCACCGGACACAGUGGCUCACGGUGUCCCUUGUACCCUUCCCUCCUCCACAGCUGUGGUGCAGUCCACCAUGUCCAGCGGCUAUGGCAGCUCAGGUGGUGCCAGCAGCAGCCUGGGCCUGGGAGGAGGCAGCAGCUACUCCUACAGCAGCAGCCAUGGCCUUGGAGGUGGCUUCAGUUCUGGCAGUGGCAGGGGCAUCAGCGGUGGCCUCAGCUCCUCUGGUGGCAGCUCUUCCACCAUCAAGUACACCAGCACCUCCUCCAGCAGGAAGAGCUACAGGCACUGA